CUACGCCCACUUCAUAUAACCUAGUUUCGCCUCUCUUCUUCCCAGAUCUCCGCUUCUUUCUCCUUUCCCAUUUUUCUCUUCUUCCUUGCUAUCACCACCGUUACACAGCCACCAAAAUGGCCGGCAAGGGAGAAGGUCCGGCUAUCGGAAUCGAUCUCGGAACAACCUACUCUUGCGUCGGUGUCUGGCAACACGAUCGUGUUGAGAUCAUUGCCAAUGACCAGGGUAACAGGACUACCCCUUCCUAUGUUGCCUUCACCGACACUGAGCGUUUGAUUGGUGAUGCUGCUAAGAAUCAGGUCGCCAUGAACCCGAUUAACACCGUCUUUGACGCAAAGAGGUUGAUCGGUAGAAGAUUCAGCGACUCUUCAGUCCAAAGCGACAUCAAGUUGUGGCCAUUCAAGGUCAUCCCUGGACCUGGUGACAAGCCCAUGAUUGUUGUCAACUACAAGGGUGAAGAGAAGCAGUUCGCUGCUGAAGAAAUCUCUUCCAUGGUUCUUAUUAAGAUGCGUGAAAUUGCCGAAGCUUACCUUGGUUCCACAGUGAAGAAUGCCGUUGUCACUGUUCCUGCUUACUUCAACGACUCUCAACGUCAAGCUACCAAGGAUGCCGGUGUCAUUGCUGGUCUCAAUGUCAUGAGAAUUAUCAACGAGCCCACCGCUGCUGCCAUUGCCUAUGGGCUGGACAAGAAGGCAACAAGUGUCGGUGAAAAGAAUGUUCUGAUCUUCGAUCUUGGUGGUGGUACUUUUGAUGUUUCUCUUCUCACCAUUGAAGAGGGUAUCUUCGAAGUGAAGGCCACUGCCGGAGACACUCAUCUUGGUGGUGAGGAUUUUGACAACAGAUUGGUCAACCACUUUGUUCAGGAAUUCAAGAGGAAACACAAGAAGGACAUCAGUGGCAACCCAAGAGCUCUUAGAAGGCUGAGGACUUCUUGUGAGAGAGCUAAGAGAACUCUCUCAUCCACUGCUCAAACCACCAUUGAGAUUGAUUCUUUGUACGAAGGCAUUGACUUCUACUCCACCAUUACUCGUGCUAGAUUUGAGGAAUUGAACAUGGAUCUUUUCAGAAAGUGUAUGGAACCCGUUGAGAAGUGUUUAAGAGACGCCAAGAUGGACAAGAGCACCGUCCACGAUGUUGUUCUUGUUGGUGGUUCUACUAGGAUUCCCAAGGUCCAACAAUUGUUGCAAGACUUCUUCAAUGGCAAGGAGCUUUGCAAGAGCAUCAACCCCGACGAAGCUGUUGCCUAUGGUGCUGCAGUUCAAGCUGCCAUCUUGAGUGGUGAAGGCAAUGAGAAGGUGCAGGAUCUUCUUCUAUUGGAUGUCACCCCUCUUUCUCUUGGUUUGGAAACUGCCGGUGGUGUUAUGACUGUUCUCAUCCCAAGGAACACCACAAUUCCCACAAAGAAGGAGCAAGUCUUCUCUACCUACUCAGACAACCAGCCCGGUGUGUUGAUCCAGGUAUACGAAGGCGAAAGAACAAGAACCCGCGACAACAAUUUGCUUGGAAAAUUUGAACUCUCCGGUAUCCCUCCAGCUCCUAGGGGUGUUCCUCAAAUCACAGUGUGCUUCGAUAUUGAUGCCAAUGGUAUCUUGAACGUCUCUGCUGAAGACAAGACCACCGGUCAAAAGAACAAAAUCACCAUUACUAAUGACAAGGGUAGACUCUCCAAGGAGGAGAUCGAGAAGAUGGUUCAAGAAGCAGAGAAGUACAAGUCUGAGGAUGAGGAGCACAAGAAGAAGGUGGAAGCCAAGAACGCUUUGGAGAAUUACGCUUACAACAUGAGGAACACAGUGAACGACGAGAAGAUUGGUGCUAAGCUUUCCCCGGCCGACAAGAAGAAGAUCGACGAUGCCAUUGAGCAGUCCAUCCAAUGGCUCGACGCCAACCAGCUCGCCGAGGCAGACGAGUUCGAGGACAAGAUGAAGGAGUUAGAGAGCAUCUGCAACCCAAUCAUCGCCAAGAUGUACCAAGGUGCCGGAGCUGACAUGGGUGGCGGUGCUGAUGACAGUGCUCCUUCCGGCGGCAGCGGUGCUGGUCCCAAGAUUGAGGAAGUCGACUAAGCUUAGCUUACCCGUUUUUCUCUCUCUCCAAUGUCGUCUUUUGUCUUACUUUUUCUUUUUCCUUUUUUAUUUUGGAACAAUCGAUUUUGAUUAUCAUUUUCGUGGCUUAAUUAGUGAAAGCCACUUUACCGGCUUAAUUUUUUCUCUCUCAAGUUUCGAAGACAUUUUAUUUUAGUGGUGGAAAUUACUUUGGCCACAAAAAACACUGUGUUAUAUUUUCCUGCAUGUGAAAUUUAUUAAUUGGUGGUCAUAUUUCAGUUC